AAAUGCGCAUAAGUUUUACGAUCUAGCCAAAAGCAAGGCAUGGUAUGAACCAGCGGGAUACGUUGUUUCUUCUGUCCUGGUCUAAGCUUGUGUGUGCUUUGUAUGAAGGUAACACUGGAUAUAGAUAUUUGCUCGUUUAUAUAAAGAUUGCGCAUAAAUUAUAAUCAUGGCCGAUUAGUGGGAUCCUUGAGGACUUGAGAUGCACUGUACUGUACAUGAAGAGAUGUCUGUUUUCCCCAAAAUAACAUUACGAGGUGAUGUGAAGCAAUAUCUUGGUGAUGUCUUUAAAAAUAAAGAGCUGCUGGCUGUCCUUGGCCAAGAGGAUGCAGAGAGGAGGUUUGAAAUGCUUCUCAGUCGUCUCUCCCACCCCCCGGCCUUCACCUCCGUCAGGGUCAACACCCAUCUAGCAUCUCCAGAGCACGUCAGACGCUGCCUGUCUGAGGAGAUCCGAAAGCAGCAGCAGAUGAAUUCAUUCUCAAGCCAUGACGUUCCCAUAUUUAAUCACCCAGAUGUUCCAGAUGUUUUGCUCAUUCCUGUUAUUGGUCCAAGGGUUUCUCUGGAAAGGCACUCUUUAGAAGUUGUGGUGGGAGCUCAGUGUGGGAAUGCAGUGUUACGUGGAGCUCAUGUCUUUGCUCCAGGGAUCCUUGCGGCUCCUAAAUACAUGAAGAUGGGAGAUGUGGUGUCUGUUUUCUCUGACAUUGAAGGACAAUGUACAAGAGGAGCAAAGGAGUUCCAGGGGAAGCGAGUUUUCAUAGGAAAUGGAAUUGCUGAAAUGAGCCGCAGUGAUAUCUUCUGUACAGAUCAACCAAUUAAGGGAAUUGGCAUAAGGAUGACAGAGCCCGUGUACUUCAGUCCUUCGUUCUACAAUGUUCUGCCAAAUCAGGUGUUCUUACAGAACCUGCCUUCAGCGAUAGUGAGCCAUGUGCUGCAGCCUCAGGCUGGCGAGAGAAUUCUGGACAUGUGUGCAGCCCCAGGAGGAAAGACCACUCACAUCGCUGCUCUCAUGGGGGAUGAGGGAGAAGUGAUUGCCAUGGACAAGAUAGCAAAUAAAGUGGAGCGGAUUAAACAGAAUGCCCAGAUGCUGGGUCUGAACAGCAUUAAAGUGUAUUGCUUCAAUGCGAUCAAGGCCCUCUCUGGUGAUCCAGCAGGGAGCUCAGGAGGUGGCCCUCCAUUCCCUCCAGAGUCGUUUGACAGAGUGUUGCUUGAUGCCCCCUGUAGUGGUCUGGGACAGAGACCCAACAUGGCCUGUACUUGGAGCCUGAAGGAAAUUACAUCUUAUCAGCCCUUACAACGCCAGCUCUUCACUACAGCGGUGAAACUGCUGAAGCGUGGCGGGGUGCUGGUCUACAGCACCUGUACCAUCACCCUCGCUGAAAACGAGGAGCAGGUCGCCUGGGCUCUACAUCAUUUCCCCUUCCUCUCGCUGCAACGACAAGAGCCACAUGUUGGAGGAGGGGGUAUGCUGGGAGCUGGCUUGUCACAUGACCAUCUGAAGCUGCUACAGAGAUUCAAUCCUGUCUGGGCAACAACUGAAGGCUUCACUCUCCACCCUGAAGAGUAUGAACACACUCAGGGAACCAAGUCUGACCUCAUUCAUCUGGCCAACAAAGAUACAAUAGGCUUUUUCAUUGCCAAGUUUGUAAAAACGUGAUUGUUUAUAAUACUAACCUUAACACAGCUAUUGCAAUCCCUCAUACUAUGCCAUAUAGGGAGGUCUCUGUAAGCAAAGAGACUUAGUGAAUGCAGUUCUGCUAGAGUUGCCAUAACAACGGAAUGACGACACUACUACUAUGGCAACAACAGAUUUGCUAGCUGUUUAGGCACAGAUCGGGAAGUAUAAUGCUGAAAGAGGUCAAAAGAGGUAUUAACAAUUUAUUGCUAGUUAGACUGCAUUUUAUGUUCUCAGAAAUGGAGAUAUUAAUCAGAAUUACAAAAAGUACAAACGGGUAGCAUUUUUAGUAAUGAGGGGCCUUUAUGAAUAAUUUGACAAAUAAAAAUAUUCCUAAAAGCAUGGACUCAAACAUAUAUUAAUAUAAUUUAAAAACUACUCCGGAAAAAUCUGGGACAAAGCUGCUUUAUGUGUGAACAGGGGAGUUUUUUUGUUUAAUCUUAACAAAGUGACUGGCAUCAUUACCCAAUUGUAAUGCUUAAUUUGAACAUUUUUUUGUUGGCUUUAAAAUGCUAAAAUCAAGCUGAAACUAAUUAGUAUUCAUACUUGACUGGUUGUGAAGAAAAUAGUUCUAAGGGAAAAGCAGGCCUUGGGUGAAAUGAAACUAUUGAUUAUAUCCUUACAAUCUUGCUUAAAUGUCUAAUCAGAUGUUUUAUACUUUAUGUAUUUUAGUUUAACUUUUUAAGAUCUAGAUUAAAGGUGCUUAUAAAAUGUAUGUUUAAAUGGAUAUCUUAGCAGUAGGAAACACUUUUAGAAUGGCAUAAGAAUACUUGAGAUUUCACAAAAAAACAAUGGGGAUAAUUAACAAAUUUUAUCAAAAGUGUUUAAUUUACUGGAAAGAAUGUUCAAUUUAACUUGGAAGAGGAGAUCAAAGUUGUUGAGAAGUACUUUCUGAACCAACCUUGUAAUUCUGUGAUAAGUCAAAAAUGUUAUCAAUGUGAAGUAAGCUUUCAUUUCAGAAUUUUAAAAUAAGUAUAAUCUAAACACUUGCAGUGUUGAAAGCGAUAAUUUAAGGGGAUUAAAUUGAAAAAAAGACAGUACACAAAUUUUAAUAUGCUAGUUUGAGAUCAAAUUACCAUUUUUGCACGAUAUAAAGUCAUACUUGGAGACCAGCUAUUUAAGUUUUUGGAUCAUGCAGAGUGGUUGGAAAAUGUUUUAUUUAUUGGACUAUAGGAUGUAUAUGAAUGUGACUAAUAACUUGCACAUUAAAUGUUUUUGGAUCCAAGGAACCUGAAAUUAUUGUACUUUUUCCUGGAGGUUACCUGCUUACAUUUAUAAAUUUGGUACAGAAUUAUGUCCAUUCUAACAGCAUUUUAAAAUCUGUUCCAGUACUUCAUUUUUAUUAUCCUUGGUGAAUGUUUCACUAGUUAAAUAGAUAAUGUAAAAGAAGAUGACAUUUGUCCUGCAUUAAAUUAAAGACUUUCUAAUCAUU